AUGGUAUAUGCGCAAACAGAUUAUGCUCCAUACUUCUUUGAUAAUGGGCCCAAUAGUAACAGUGGUAAUCUGGCACUAUUCAGUCUCUCAGAAGACACACCAGUUGGAACACAAAUAUAUAUUUUAAAUGGAACAGACCCAGAAGGCCAACCAGUUAGCUAUGGACUGACCUUUGAACCAGGAUCCAAAGAAUAUUUUAGAGUGGAUUCCAAAUCUGGAACAGUUACUCUUAUCGCGGAGAUUGACAGAGAGGUGCAAGAUGAGAUUGAAGUAUUUGUCAGUAUAACAGAUGGCCGUAAUAAAGUAACUGAGAAGGUACAGGUGUUUGUGAUGGAUGUUAAUGAUGAGAGACCACAGUUCCACAACAUGCCUGCAAUUGUGGAUGUUUUAGAGAGUACUGCGUCUGGCAGCAGUAUCUUCCAAGUGGAGGCUAUAGAUAAGGACACGGGUUCAGGUGGUUCCCUCACCUACUUUAUCCAGAGCUACGAAACGAAUGGAAAGUUUGGAAUAGACCGGCACAGCGGAGUGCUCCGCAUCAAGCAGGGAGAGAAUCUGGACUUUGAGAAGUCCACAACACAUUUCGUCACCGUGGUAGUAAAGGACGGAGGUGGACAUUAUAAAGGAAAGCCCCAAAUCCAGUCGGCAUCGGCUACUUUGACCAUCAAUGUGGUUGACACUCAGGAUACACCUCCUAUCUUCAUCGGCAUCCCAUAUUUUGGAUAUGUUUAUGAAGUGUCAUCACCAGGCUCCGAAAUAUUCACAGUUUUUGCUAAAGAUGGAGAUGUAGGGAAUCCAAAUCCUAUCAAUUAUUUGAUUCAUUCUGGUGCAGAUGGGGCCUUCGUCAUCAAUAAGACGAGUGGCUGCAUUACCCUGCGGGCUUACCCUGCCCAUCUAAAGAAGGAAAUGUUUCAUAUUAAAGUAAAGGCUUCAGAGGUGGGACCAGAUGGAAACUUAAUGGACUAUGCCAUCACCACAGUGACCAUACGAGUAGUGGACCUGAACAACCACCCUCCCACCUUUUACGGAGAAAACGGACCUCAGAACAUGUUUGAGCUCACAAUGUACGAGCACCCCCCAGAGGGAGAAAUUCUGAGAGGACUGAAGAUCUCCGUCAAUGACUCUGAUCAGGGAGCUAAUGCAAAGUUUAACCUGAGGCUAGUUGGGCCUGGUCGGAUAUUACGAGUUGUCCCUCAGACUGUGCUCAACGAGGCUCAGGUCACCAUCUUAGUGGAAGAUUCUACAGCCAUAGACUACGAGAAAUCACAGUUUCUUACAUUCAAGUUGCUUGCAGUGGAGAUUGACACACCGGAAAGAUUCAGCGCAACGGCAGACGUAGUGAUUCACCUACUGGACACCAAUGACAAUGCCCCUAAAUUCUCUUCAGAGUACUAUAUUUCUCGAAUUCCUGAAAACUCCCCAGGAGGAUCCAAUGUUGUCACAGUUACAGCUACAGAUCCAGAUUCAGGACUGUGGGGUGAAGUCAAGUAUUCCAUAUAUGGCGCUGGAUCAGACUUGUUCCUAAUUCAGUCACAGUCAGGAAUCAUUUAUACUCAACCUUGGGCUAGCCUGGAUGCUGAGGUCAAGUCCAAGUAUAACUUCUAUGUAAAAGCUGAGGACACAGAAGGAAAGUACGGUUUGGCUGAGGUCUUCGUAACAAUUCUUGACCUCAAUGACCACUCACCUGAAUUCAACAACAACUUCUUGGAGACAACCAUGAUCAUUGGAGCACCAGUCAAAAUAGAGGCGGUUGAUGAAGAUGCUGAAGAGCCCAAUAACGUCAUUGAGUACUCCAUCAUGAAAACUGAGCCAGACAACAUCUUUGACAUCAAUUCUGACACGGGCGAGAUCAUGCUGAAGCCUUACAUCAAGUCCAUGGACAUUGUUCAAAACAUAACCAACCAGAAAGAAUGCACAUGGUCUGUGGUGGUCCAGGCAAGAGACAGAGGAUCGCCCUCGUUCAGCACCACCACCGUGGUGAAGAUUGACAUCACCGAGGCGACUCAACUCAGUGGACCAUUCGCGUCCUUUUUAAUGCAAAGUAGGGACAAUCCCAUAAAAAUCCUGGGCAUGAUUACCUGUGUCAUUUGUAGUAUGCUCGUUGCCACAGUCUUGGUGUCCACGGUCACGUUUGUGCGCAACAAAAAGUCCAACAAGAUCUUGCCCAGCCGCCGCAUCAUCAGGAGGAGACCAAAGCACAGGCAGUGGGGAUUUAAAGGGCCAGGAAACCAAGGAAGGAAUUUUGAAGUGAAAGAGGAGCCUGAAAAUGGAGACAACGUUAACUAUAACAACAACGUCAACACAGUCUGUCACCACCACCACCACCACCCACCCCCUCCUAUGCCGCCCCCAGACCUCCCUCCACCACCACCCCCAUGCUUCUCUCGCUCAGGCGAGCGGCAGUGGGCCGGUCCCCCCGUGAGCUACAGCACCGUGGUUCUAAAGCCCACCAAAAGGCCCGUUAAGACCAAAGAGAACCACGUGAACUCGGCGCUGGUCUCUGAGCUGAAGAUGCGAUUUGAACAGAGAAGGAUGGCCAGCCAAUACUGA